AUGGCUUUAACGCCUGCUGAAAAGCAGCGACGUUAUAGGGAACGACGCAAAAAGGAUCCUGAAAAAGAAGCUGCAAAUAAAAGAAAAGACCUCGAAAGAUACCAUGCAAAGAAACGUUUAGUGAAAAACGCAACGUCACAGGAACACCGAGCAAUAAAAAAAUGGCGCGCUGCAAAUGCCAGACGGAGGGACCGGACCAAGGCUCUUCGUGUAGUAAUGCAUACUCCAGAAUCUUCACCGGGAAUUAUGACUCCACGUUCACGUACUCCAACUCCGCUGGGUCCAAACCAAGUUCUGCCACGAGUUCUACCGUCGAAUCGCCGUUUAUCAACCCCUCAACUAUUGACUCCCCAUGAAAGUAGCCCUAGUUCAACGACAUCUGCAGCAAAAUGGGGCCGGAAACAAUUAAAAAGAAACAGAACAAAACUGUUUAAAUAA